GAGUGCGGUGGGAGUGGAAGGGGGAACGUAGAGGGGCGGGCGGGCCGAGCCGCCAUCGCACCGUGCCCGCCGCGCCCCCUCAGAUCGCGCUGGGCGCGGGGUCCGGCGGAGCCGCCCGCGGUCCCGCUGCUCGCCGGCCGGCGGCACGGCUCGGGCGCAGGCUGUGUACGAGGUAACUGCAGCAGCCCCAGCGGGGCUCCGAGCGGGCUGUGCCGGGCGGCAGUGGCACCGAGAGGCCGGCCCGGAGCGGGGCACCGGGAGGGCGGCGGUGCCGCAGCAGUUUUGAUCCUGGGUAGGAGCCUGUUCUUCGUGUGUCAGAACUCUUCAUUUUGAACUUUAUUUUAAUAGUACUUCUAAGAAGAUGUCCAGUACAGAUCCCCUCACAAAUACAGAGGAGACCAUUAUGGGCCCUCAUGGAAUUAAUCGAGCUGUUCACCGCAUCUCUUUCUCUGAUUGCCAGAAUGGAUUAGGAGUUAAAAUUAUUGGAGGUUAUCGGGCACAAACAGCAGAAGAUUAUGGGAUUUUCAUAAAGAGAAUUCUACCUGGAGGGGUUGCUGCUGUAGAUAGCCGUUUGCUCACUGGGGACCUAAUUUUAGAUGUCAAUGGAGAAAACUUGGUUGGAGUAACAAAUGAAAGGGCUGUUGACAUCUUGAGAACAGCCUCAGCCUCCAAUCACAUGUCUCUGCUCGUUGCUAGAGAUGAAGAAGCAAAGAAAGAAUUUCAUGACCUGAUGGAUAAGUAUGGCUCUCACAGUGACACCAGCUCUGCAAGAACUUCUCCAACACAUCAGUUAGCUGCAAAAUCCACAGACAGCCUUUCUUCUGGGUCAUCCUCAAGAUCACAGAGUCCUCAGUUGCAUCUGAAGGAUAACAUCACCAGCAGCAGCAGCAGAAAUAAUUCUGUCCUACCACCAUCCCCAAAACUUCCAAAUGACAGUGCAUUUCAGAUUAUCUCUGUUUGCAAAGGAACAAGCCUAGGUUUGAAUAUUGUGGGAGGAAUUAACAGAAAUGAAGGGCCUUUGGUAUAUAUUCAAGAAAUUAUCCCUGGUGGUGAUUGCCAUAAGGAUGGACGAUUGAAGCCUGGAGAUCAGCUUGUGUCCAUCAACAAAGAGUCCAUGAUUGGAGUCUCCUAUGAAGAGGCAAAAAGUAUAAUCAACAGAACAAAGAUGAGUUCUAGGUUUGAAAAUUUAUGGGAGAUAGCUUUUAUUAGGCAGAAAAACAUACCCAGUCCUCCAGAGAAUCUGCAGCAUCCUUUCAGCCUCUUAACAUCUUCUGUAGCACAUGGAGAGCAGCAGGCUGCAGCCCUUGGUCCUCUUCCCUCUCCUAAUGGGAGGCUGCUUUCAACACUCCCUCCAGAAGCUAUGGAAACUGGAGUCAGGAUGGGAGAGCAAUCUCCAAUUACUGCUCUAGACAGCAAUCCUGCUGCCACGGUUAUUUCCCCCAGCCAGAAUGAUGAUUAUGAGCCCCAAGGAAAGAACUGGAGUAUUCAUCUGAAAACAGAAAAGCUGGAGAGGGCACUGAAUUAUCUUGGGAUUCAGCUCACAGAUGAACAGCAGCAAGCCCUAAGGCAGCAACUUCAUAAAGAUUCUAAAGGAACAGUGUCUUUUGGAGAUUUUGUUGAAGUUUCAAGGAAUUUAUUGUCCAUGCACUCAACUGAUGGUGGCCACAGAUGUGGAACCUUUGGGGUGAGUGAAGCUGCCACCUUCCAGGACUCACAGUUUGUAACCUGUGAUUCCUUGGAGGAUGAUGUGGAAAAACUUAAGAAAGAAAGAAAUGAAGCUUUAAAAGAAAUUAGUAAAUUAAAGGAAGAGUUGUCUGAAUCUGUGAACUUACAGAAACAGCUAACAGAGCAGCUACAAGCAGUCAAGCAAGAGGCCAAGGCAGCUGUGGAGGAGACGAGAGCCCUGCGGAGCAGAAUCCACCUGGCAGAGGCUGCCCAGAGGCAGGCCCGGGGGAUGGAGAUGGACUAUGAGGAGGUGAUUCGCCUGCUGGAGGCUGAAAUCGGAGAGCUGAAGGCUCAGCUCGCCGAGCAUUCUGGCCAAAAUAAAGAGAACAUUCAAGACUUGAGGAAGAGGGUUACAGUGCUCGACUGCCAGCUGAGGAAAUCAGAGUCUGCCAGGAAAACCUUUGAGGUGGCCACUGAAAAAUUGCUACAGUUUGUGGAGGUUGUGCAUGAAAUACUUUCAGAUAACUCUACUUCCUCGACAGUUUUAAGUGACAGAAGAACAUUGUCCACUAAAGCACUUCUGGCUCGUCUGGGAAGGGUUGGACCUACUGUCACAGCAGCUCUUGCAGCAGAAGCCAGGGACCUUGCCAAGUCUGUCCGUGCCAUUUUGGAAGUAGAUUGUCUGCCUUAUGGAUGGGAAGAAGCUUAUACAGCUGAUGGAAUCAAAUAUUUCAUCAACCACGUGACACAGACAACGUCCUGGAUCCAUCCCGUCACGAGCGCGCUGAGCUUGCUUUGCUGCGAGGAGGAGGAGGAGGAUGGGAUCAGAGACCCCCCCGGGCCCAGGAGCUGAGGACAGCUGUGCACACAGAGUAUUUGUCUGCUUUUACUCCCUUAGUGAGAAGAUGCACAGGUUGUAAUCUCCCUGUUUCCUAGUGUGAUGUCGUAGCACCUGCUGACAUUUCUCCCCAUCAAGCUGGAGGAAGUUCUGCUCAUUUUGAGAUGGGUUUGUUGUGCUGCAAAGGGUGCAGGUGCCACAGGAGUCCUUCCUCUGCCCCAUUUUGGUGUGCCAGGGAUCAGCCUCACCUCAGUGAGUCCAGUCUUUUCAUGAUUUUCCCACAGACUCAUAAUUUCCCUGACCUGAAGCUGAAUUUUCCAGGUCAGCUGAAAUGUUCCCAGGUUUAAGUAACAUGAGAUUUAAGAUGGGAGCACUGGUGGUAGAUUCCAGCUGAUGGUUGACUGAGAGAUGCAAAAUGAGGUGGGGUUUUUGAACCAGUUCUAGUGAGAAUAAUGUAGAUGACUUAACUGAAAAUUCUAAUUUCUGUGGGAGAAAUCUGCAAAUAAGUUUUGCUACUAGAAAUUUAGUGAUUUAUUACAAAUAUUGGAGUGAUGACUUUUUAAACAAAUAUUAAGAUUGGUUGUUGAGCUUUAGAAAAAUUUGUCAAAUGUGACAUGUAAGUUGUCAAGUAAAAAGGAAGUUUUUGUAGAGGACAUCAUACUCUGACAACAAUAUGAGGCAAUAUGAAAGCUAUUCUACUUUUGUGCUCUGCUAAACCAAUACAGACACACAUCAAAUACUUCAGUGGAAGCUGUGAAGUUUCAAGUACAAUGAAAGCUGUGAAACCACCUCCAGGAUCAGCAGAAAUCAGUCACCUCCUCAGAACUGGUCUUUUAAGUAGAACAAAAUCAUUUUGUACACAUUGGUGAUGUUGUAAAGAGGAUAAAGAAAAUGAUGGGGGGUGCUAGUGCAAGUUAAUGAACAGGUUUCUGUGUACCUCAGUAGCACAGGAUAUUUUAAAUCUCAUUAUUCCCAGCACAAUGUCUGGUGUCAGCUUUGUCAGAUGUAUGAUUCUGUGCUACAUUUUUCUCUUUAUGUGUGUAUUGUGUAUGUACUGGUGGGUGUUACUAAUGAAUGAGACAGACCUGAACCUGCAGAAGCACUGAUGAAUAUGCCAAAGGAAAUCUCUAUCUCUGCUUCAGUCCAGGAGGGAGGAGGUGAUUGUGGCAGUGUGAGCAAGGCACAGGCUGCAAUCACAUAUUUUGUGAUUAUUUUGUCUGUCUUCAGCAGGUGUGAAUUGGAGUUAAGAUGCCUUGUCCUCUGAGGAAUGAAAUAUCAUUCAUCCAAUAUCAAUUGAAUAUCAAAUAUCAAAACCAGACUCCCUGGCAGUUCUGGUGCCUCGACCACGCUCGGUGUCCUCAGCAGAGCAGAGCUGUGCCAGGUCAGGCUCAUUGGAAGGGUUGAUCCUUUUGAACCAAAAUAAUCCACAUUUUUUUGAAAUCCAAGUCAGGCCUCUGAAUAGCAGCUCAGUAAUCUCCUGUGCUUGGCCUGAGAGCUGGAGAGCACAUCACCAAAUGUUCUUCCUGCAGCUCACAAAAGAGACCUUUACAGGCUUUGCAGGAAGUAGAUGUCAGGGUAUAUUGAAUAAGCAAAUAGGAAAAAUGUGUUUUAUACUUUUAACUAGGUCAGACCCAAAUUAUCUGUGAAUCUACACAGGUGGUGUGGAUUAAGGGGAAAAAAGCUUGCUCAGCAGACCCACAGUAACUCACAUUUCCAAGAAAACUUCUCCCAGCAAUAACACAUGAAUGGUUUAGCCAUAUUUGCUCCAGUGGCUCCUGCGUGCUCCACAGCCUCCUUUGUGCUCCUGGAGAGCUCAGGCCAAAGGGACAGAGCAUGUGCUUCACUUUCAGGCUUGGACACUCCAGAAGCAUUUUUAUUUAAAUCCCUUUCCUCAGAAUGGCACAGACCCACAGAAGAUCCGUGAUGUUCUGAAUUCCUUGUGGUAUUUGCUGUAGCCAUAGGAGUCAUUUGGCUGCUUUAUGACAGCACUUUCUGCUCAUACCUCAGUAGAUCCAGCCUGCACACGGAUCCCAGCUCCCAGCUCUGCUCAGGAGAGGGUUGAGCCACCCCUUGCCUCUUGCUGCCUCGAUUCCUUCUGUGCCAGCUGGGUGCUCCAGAGGGGAGCAGCUAUUCAGGGAUGGGGCUCAGGGAGGCUCUGCAGGGCUCCAUGGGGACAGCUCAGAGCUGUCCCUGUGCUGCAUCAGCUGCAGGGGCACAGCUCUGCCCAUUGCCAGGGGUGCAGCCUGCUGUGCACUGCCUGCUCCUCUCCCUGCCACCUCCCACAGACCCCAGUUGUGCCCAGUGUGCCCAGUGUGGCACCACCCUGCUGUGCACUGCCUGCUCCUCUCCCUGCCACCUCCCACAGACCCCAGUUGUGCCCAGUGUGCCCAGUGUGGCACCACCCUGCUGUGCACUGCCUGCUCCUCUCCCUGCCACCUCCCACAGACCCCCGUGUGGCACCACCCUGGAGCUUCUUCCUCUCUCUCUCUCUUAUAAACCUGCCUAGAAAUCAAAAAUUUUAGGAAUAGAUCUCUGCAUCUCUUCAGCUGCUCCAGUGAGUGUUCCCCUCCUCAGAUAACCCACCAGCUCGCAUUCUCUGGGGUUGAGAAUACAUUUUCUUACCUACAAUCUCCAAAUGUUCCAAUCUAUUUUUAAACACUGGCAUACUUGUUUCCUAGGUUAUUUCUCUUGAUCUCCCCUUGUCUCUUCCUUUCUGUGAAAUAGUUUUGUGAAAAUUCUUUUGCUUAAGCUGAACUGUGUAUAUUGAGAAAAUGGUUCUAGCAUAACUUGGAACAGAAUUUGUAAAGAGCAGUUGUCAACAUAUGCAACACUGUAAAAACAGCAAUUUUUCAUUUUUAUUCCUGAAUUUAAAAAAUUAGGUGGAAAAGAUGCUAAAAUGUAUGUUACAGCCUUUAAAUUAAUAAAACUACACCGUUAUAUUGGAAUGAAUCUGUCCCACAUAACAUUCUCCAUGUGUUGGAAUGCCUCUUGUAACAGGCUGCUUCAGGAAUGGUUUGGUUCAUUUAUUUAAGUCUCUUUCUAACACUCAGGAGGUGCCUGGUGCCACUGAGGUAAGGAAAGGAAAAUCCUUUAAGAAAAAUAUUUGUGUUUGUGGAACAGGCUGGGCUGUGCAGGACUGACUCUGGGCAAGGCUCUCCCGGAGCUCCAGAAGUGCUGCUCUGGCUUGGCUUGUGAAAUGUGACAUUUUCUGGGAACUGAUGGGAUUCCCAAACCUCAGCUCAAGACACACACAGGACUCCAAACUAAGCUCCAAAAUUCAGUGGCCUUUUUGCAAGUGCUGCUCUCAGUGACUUUCGUGUGGCUCUAUUUUAAGUCAGCAGCAAGAAUUCAAGCUGGCCCAGGAGCCUUUGUUCAGUUGUGUGUCCUGUCCUGGUGUGUCACCUCUCCCAGGAGCAGCAGCCUGCAGGGUGAGCCCAGUCACACCAGUUCAGGCUGGCACCUGGCAGCCCAGCACUGGGGCCAGCUCUGCAGAGAUGCUCAGCAGCUUAAACAUCUUCGUGGAGUUAAUGGGAAUUAGGCACCUAACCUACUUAGAUGCUGCUAUAAAUGCUGCUAGGCAUGUUUAGGUACCUAAAUACCUCAGUAAAUCUUUCCCCUGGCUGCUUGCAGUGAUAGUGUACCAAAAACCAAAUACCAGUGGCUAAAGCCUCACCUUUGUCCUCUGUAACCAGCUUUGCCUUUCCCUAGGGAUUGUUUUCAUGUAACACUAAAAAUAGCAGCCAGCUCACAGGUUGUACCAUCCAGGCUCUGCUCAUAUUUUUUUUGGUGGCUUGAUUAUUUAUUGCUCAUUCUAGAUUUUUUUCCACAAACAGUGGCUAAGGUUGGCAUGGAUUUAAUAGGUUGGUAUUUUCACAACACUCAUUUAAGAUGUUUAUUACAAGAUGAUAGUAUUGAAUCCUCUUCCCACAAAGAUGAAAUUAAUUUUGUGUCAUUCAUCAAUAGAGUUGAAAAAAAAUUGCAUCAUCCAAAGAUCUGUUAGAAAUAGAGCCUCAUGAUUCCCAGUAUAAAGCUGGGAAGUUGAAAUCUGAUAACCAAUGCUGAUUCUGUCCCUGUGUUACAGUAUCAGUCAAACCCAAAUUAAUUAAAACUAAUUUAAAGAGUGGAUAAAAAAAUCUCUAUCCUGCCUGCUCUCAGGUAUGUUUUGGGAGGUUGGUUUGUCCCCUGCAAAUUCUGGCCCUAAAGCCACAAGGCCGUGUUUGAUCUGAUGUCCACGAUCAGAAUCUCUGUUUACAACCUCCUGGUUUAGCUGAGGUUAAGUUUGUGCAGGGUUAACUGCUGUCUGAGGAUAUUCCCUUGCCUGUACCUUGCAGCCCAGGAAUUCCCAGCACACCAGCCAGGACAGGCAUGAUUGGGGCUUACCAUGGAGCUCCAGACUCCAGAGAAUUUAAUCCAGCAUUUUUCCAAAGCACACACUGAAGUGCAGCCACACAAACCUUAUUAUUCACUGAGGGCUCCAGCGAGGGAGGUUGCUGAAAUGAUCCCUCAUCCUGAAGAGGAAGAUUCCAGUUUCUCCAGCCAGUCACUAUGAGGAAUUUUGGUUUCAUUGUUGGGCUUCUUGGGUAAAAGCAAACCAUGACAAAUCAGUAGUUUGGCUGCCGUUUCACAUCAGUCACUAUUUCACCCUGACCCCCAAAAGCCACUCUCUGAUCAGAAAUGUCUUGGUCUCCUCUCGAGUACCCUGCCUGUCAGCUGCCCACAGGCAGUAUUUCCCUAUGGCCCAAUUAUUAUUAUUAUCAUCAAGAACUAUCCUUGCUCUUGUAUGUGAAGAGAACUCAUUAAAAUGUGAUUGAGAUGGAAAAAGAAAUAAAAUUACGUUUCUUGCCUGAAAUAGAAAUAUAACAAUAACUGCUUAUAUGGGAAAGAGAAAGGAUCCUAGGAAAGCAGAGCAUUGGGGUUCCUGCUGAUGUUUUCAUUUUCACUCCGAAGGCUGGCAAUGCAUCCCUGUUCCUUUCCAACCCCGCUGCUCCUGAGGUCAGCAGGAGCACAGGGGAGACCUCAGGCCCUGCCUGAGCUGCACAUUCCCAUCUCCAGACUGAGCUGCACAUUUCCAUCUCCAGGCUGAGCUGCACAUUCCCAUCUCCAGGCUGAGCUGCACAUUCCCAUCUCCAGACUGAGCUGCACAUUUCCAUCUCCAGACUGAGCUGCACAUUUCCAUCUCCAGAUUGAGCUGCACAUUUCCAUCUCCAGUCUGAGCCACUGGGGACCCAUUGUUAGGGACUCUGAUCAGUCACCGUGGGGUUCCUGUUCCUAGUGCUGCAGGCUGGAGAUUCACAGCUCGAGUCCCUGCUGACCAUGACACAAACAUUGGUGUUUCAUUGUUGGGGUCCCUCCCAAACAGGGGGUUCACAUUUUCCAGGCUUCUGCCUGUGAUGUGUCUGCAUUUUGGACUGAGCAUGAUUGGCUGAGGCCCCAGUUUGGGUUCAAAUCUAUCCUGUCAGUGCUCACCCAGGGACUUGCUCCACUUCUGUUCCAGAACGAGCCAGGCCAGCCAAACUGGGUUUGUGUUGUGGCUGGAUUUAUCUUGUCCAGCCACAGACCGGCUGUGCUGUGACACCAAGCCAAAGACAACUGCCCAUCACUGAUGGCACUGAGCACAUCACUGAGCAGGAGCAGAGAGGCCCAGUGAGAACCUGCCUGGCACCCUCAGACCAUAUCACUCCUUCAAUUAAAUGCAGAACUGUUGUAAAUAAUAAAGAUAUGGAGGAUCAGGAAAUAGUUCCUAACUGUUAAAGUAUGGUUGUCUUGUUAUGUGGCUAAUUGAA